AUGUUAGCUGUGCCCUUUGAUAAGCCCGGAGGACCAGAAAACCUUUACUUGAAGGAAGUGGCCAAGCCAAGCCCAGGGGAGGGUGAAGUCCUCCUGAAGGUGGCGGCCAGCGCCCUGAACCGGGCGGACUUACUCCAGAGACAAAGCCAGUAUGCCCCACUCCCAGGAGCCAGCAACAUUUGGGGACUCGAGGCAUCUGGAUACGUGGCAGAGCAGGGGCCUGGCUGCCAGGGACACUGAAAGAUUGGGGACCCAGCCAUAGUUCUGCUGCCUAGCGGGGGCCAGUAUGUCACUGUCCCUGAAGGGCUCCUCAUGCCCAUCCCAGCAGGACUGACCAUGCCCCAGGCUGCCGCCAUCCCAGAGGCCUAGCUCACCGCCUCCCAGCUGUUAUGUCUCUUGGGAAAUGUUCAGGCUGGAGACUCUGUGCUAAUCCAUGCAGGAGCAAGUGGUGUGGGCACAGCUGCCAUCCAACUUACCCGGAUGGCUGGAGCUGUUCCUCUGGUCACAGCUGGCUCCCAGCACAGGCUUCAAAUGGCAGAAAUGCUCGGAGCAGCUGCUGGAUUCAACUACAAAGAAGAGGAUUUUUCUGAAGCAACACUGAAAUUCAGCAAAGGCACUGGAGUCAACCUUAUUCUAGACUGCAUAGGCGGCUCCUAUAGGGAGAAAAAUGUCAACUGCCUGGCUCUUGAUGGUCGCUGGGUUCUCUAUGGUCUGACAGGAGGUGCUGACAUCAGUGGGCCUCUGUUUUCAAAGCUACUCUUUAAAAGAGGAAGUCUGAUCACCAGUCUAAGAUCUAGGGACAAAAAGUACAAACAGAUGCUGGUGAAGGCUUUCACAGAGCAAAUUCUGCCCCACUUCUCCACGGGGAACCCUCAACGUUUACUGCCGGUUCUGGACAGAGUCUACCCCAUAACUGAAAUCCAAGAAGCCCAUGCAUACAUGGAGACUAACAAGAAUGUGGGCAAAAUCGUCCUGGAGCUGCCCCAGUGA